AGGGUCCUGCCCUUGGUUUCUUGCAGCUUGUAGGAGUGGGAUACAUCCCAAGGGACCUGCUCUGCCAGGGUGAUCCUUGUCCCAUCCUAGAGGCAUUCCGGACUGCAGGGAGCAGCAGGUCCUGCUGAUGAAGAGGAGGUGAGGCCCGAGCCGUAGCUCACCCGGGUGCCAUUCCCUGUGGGAAGCUCCUCUUCUCCCCUCGCCCCAUCCCGCCCCUUGGGGCCGCGUGGAGCCAUUCCGAUGCCGAAGAACAGCAAAGUGACGCAGCGGGAGCACAGCAGCGAGCAUGUCACCGAGUCGGUGGCCGACCUGCUGGCCCAUGAGGAGCCCGUGGACUACAAACGCAGCGUCCUCAACGUGACAGGGGAGACCUGGGACAAGCAGAAGGAUGGGGAUGAGGAGCUGGACGCGGAGAACCGGCCGGCGUGGAACAGCAAGCUGCAGUACAUCCUGGCGCAGAUCGGCUACUCCGUGGGGCUGGGCAACGUCUGGCGCUUCCCCUACCUCUGCCAGAAGAAUGGAGGAGGUGCCUACCUGGUCCCAUACCUGGUCCUGCUCAUCAUCAUCGGGCUCCCCCUCUUCUUCCUGGAGCUGGCGGUGGGGCAGCGGAUCCGCAGGGGCAGCAUCGGCGUCUGGAAUUACAUCUGCCCGCGCCUGGGAGGCAUUGGCUAUGCCAGCUGCCUGGUGUGUUUCUUUGUUGGUCUCUAUUACAACGUCAUCAUCGGCUGGAGCAUCUUCUACUUCUUCAAGUCCUUCCAGUACCCUCUUCCCUGGAGCGAGUGUCCCAUUGUGAGGAAUGGCUCCGUGGCUGUUGUGGAGACCGAAUGCGAGAGGAGCUCGGCCACCACCUACUUCUGGUACCGGGAGACCCUGGACAUCUCCAACUCCAUCUCAGAGAGCGGGGGGCUCAACUGGAAGAUGACCCUGUGCCUGCUGGUGGCCUGGAGCCUUGUUGGCUUGGCCAUGAUCAAGGGCAUCCAGUCCUCAGGGAAGGUGAUGUACUUCAGCUCACUCUUCCCCUACGUGGUGCUGGUUUGCUUCUUGGUACGGGGACUUCUGCUGCGCGGGGCGGUGGAUGGGAUCAUGCACAUGUUCACACCCAAGCUGGACAAGAUGCUGGACCCCCAGGUGUGGCGGGAGGCAGCUACACAGGUUUUCUUUGCCUUGGGGCUGGGCUUUGGGGGAGUCAUCGCCUUCUCCAGCUACAACAAGCAGGACAACAACUGCCACUUUGAUGCCACCCUUGUCUCCUUCAUCAACUUCUUCACGUCCGUCCUGGCCACCUUGGUUGUGUUUGCUGUGCUGGGCUUCAAGGCCAACAUCAUGAAUGAGAAAUGUGUGGUGGAGAACGCUGAGAAGAUCUUGGGCUACCUGAACACCAACGUGCUGAGCCACGACCUCAUCCCACCCCACGUGAACUUCUCCCACCUCACAGCCAAAGACUACAACGAGAUGUACAGGGUGAUCAUGACCGUGAAAGAGGCGCACUUCAAAGAGCUGGGCUUGGACCCCUGCCUGUUGGAGGAUGAACUCAACAAGUCGGUGCAAGGAACUGGCCUGGCCUUCAUUGCCUUCACAGAAGCCAUGACCCACUUCCCAGCCUCACCCUUUUGGUCCGUGAUGUUCUUCCUGAUGCUGAUAAACCUGGGGUUGGGCAGCAUGAUCGGGACCAUGUCAGGCAUCACGACACCCAUCAUCGACACCUUCAAGGUGCGGAAGGAAGUGUUCACAGUUGGCUCCUGCAUCUUUGCCUUUGUGGUGGGACUGAUCUUCGUGCAGCGCUCUGGGAAUUACUUUGUCACCAUGUUUGAUGACUACUCAGCCACGCUGCCGCUCACGGUCGUGGUCAUCCUGGAGAACAUCGCUGUGGCCUGGAUUUACGGCACUAAGAAGUUCAUGCAGGAGCUGACGGAAAUGCUGGGUUUCCGGCCCUACCAGUUCUACUACUACACCUGGAAGUACGUCUCUCCCAUCUGCAUGGCCGUGCUCAUGACUGCCAGCAUCAUCCAGCUGGGAGUCAGUCCCCCGGGCUACAGCGCCUGGAUCAAAGAGGAGGCUGCAGAGAAGUUCCUUUUCUACCCAACCUGGGCCAUGGCCAUCCUCAUCUCUCUGAUCAUCCUGGCAUCCCUCCCUCUGCCCCUGGUCUUCAUCCUCCGGCAGUUCCACCUCGUGUCGGACGGCUCCAAUGCCCUCUCUGUCACCUACAAGAAGGGCCGGAUGAUGAAGGACAUCUCCAAUUUGGAAGACAAUGAUGAGACCCGCUUCAUCCUGAGCAAAGUGCCCAGCGAGACCCCGUCCCCCAUGCCCACACACCGCUCCUACCUGGGUCCUGGGAGCAAUUCCCCCAUGGAGAUGAGCAGUGCCCCCAAUGGACGAUAUGGGAGCGGGUACAUGCUGGCCAGCACCCCGGAAUCCGAACUGUGAUGGUUGCCUGUGGACCACCCCCACCGGGAGAGGAGGUCACUGGGGAGUGGAUCCUGGCUGUCCAGGCAACAGGAAAAUUACUUACUAAGGAAGAUGAAGAAGAAACCCCUCUUAAAAUCGUAACCAAAAGCAGCCAUUUCUAGGAUGACAUCAGGAAGAAGGGAUUGCAGGAGGGGCAGGACUCCUCCGACAACCCUGGGUGGAAAGGCAGGAUCUCCCCGAGCCUUCGGGGAUGGGAGGAGGAACAAGAGAUGCUGCAAUACCUUUCCAAGAGUUGUUCUCAAUGCAGCUGAAACCUGAAGCAAAGAAGCUCUUUUCUAAGCAGCUGAUGGUUGGAAAAAGGACCUGGAGGCAGGUGGAAAGCCAGCACACUUCCUCCUGUCACCCAGCACUCUUCCCUCCCACUCUGUUGUCCUUUAGCCGGGAGGAGUCAUGGCCUUAUUCCAACGAGCACAAUUACCCAUCGAUGUUCGGAGCACAAAAAGGUGCUGUUGUUGUCACCAUCGUUGUUGUUGUUGUAUCUCCUGUAGGUUUUUAUAGCUGUGGACACACCUAAAUAACCCCCACAUUUUGACCAGGGUUGCCAGGGAGCAGCACGGGGCUGGCUGAGACAUUGCAAGGUGUGAGACAAUGGAUGGUGGAUCCUUGAUAUCUGUUGUGUUGCCACCAGCAUGGGGACAGUGUCUGUGGGUUGUUGUGGGCCACGGAGGUGUCACAUCCAUGGGGUGCUCCGUGGCUGGGCAGUUACUGUGAUGAGUGGCAGAAGGACCUCAAAGUGAGGGUGAUUGAGAUGGGUGAGCGUGUGGGGUCUGGAUGGGGUUCCCAUGAUGGGGGUCAGGAGCGCUCUCUUGGAGUUACUCCUGACGUGUGGGAUGCUCUGCUGAACCAAACCCCUGGCAUGGUGAGCAUCUCCUCUUGCCAUACUCUUUAGAUGUCCCAGAGGGACAAGCAGAGAAGCAUCCAGCUUCUCUGGGGAGCAUCCAGCUUCUCCAGGGGCAUCCAGCGCUACCACAGGCCUGGAUUAGCUCUCAGGAAACCACCUCCUGACUUACCUCCCUUGCACCCACCAGUGCAGUGACCC